GUUUAUCGGACAUGCUUGGUUUUUACUGCAGGCUUUUAAUGAUAGAUGUGGCAUCCACCUAUGGUGUCUUUGAAGGUCCUCAGGACAAGCUUCUAUUCACUUAUGAUCUCUCAGCUCUGGAAGAUGGGAAAUACAGGACAGCUGAGAUGCUCAUAGCCUGCUCUGUUCUCCACAAUGGACCAGGCAUCCGUGCCCUGCAUCCAGCACUAUUUCAGAUCAUGUGCACUCAAAAAGCAGACCUACAACACUUUGACCAUCAUGACAUUCCUAAUGAGAAAGUUCAGAACAAUCUACAGAAGGUUCAGCAGUGCGUAACAGAGGAGCAGUUUAUGUCCCUGUGCAGUGAACUAGGAGACUGGAUCUCAGAUUGUGGAGUUCUUAGAAUUUUUACUGCAAAAAUCAAAGACAUAUCCAGUAUUUUUGAUCAUGUUGUGAAGUAUUAUAUUUACUUCAGGACUGCAAGUGUGAUUCACCAGUUCAUUGAGGGGAUGAACAUCUGUGGGAAUCUGUGGAGUCAGGUUGAGAGGAACUGGGUGGCCUUCCUACCCAUCUUCACCAACACAUGUCACUGUCUUCGUUUAAGGGCCUCUAUAAAAUCUCCUGGUCCCCACAAGGAAUCAACCAGAGAAGGAGGUAGGAAGAAACCAUGUUUGGAUGGGAAAUGUUCCUCAUCGCAAUCCAGGAAAAGGCUACAGAUGUGACUUUCAAGGACCUGCUGGACAGGCCUGGACUCAGUGCCCAGUCUUGGGUUCUCUUGGGCCAGUCAUUGAGUUUUAUGAGCGGGAGGGUAGCUCACGGAUACCAUAUGCCUCCACCUGCUCACUGACUCUCUUUCUACCCAGAGGUGUGGAGUAGGAGAUGGAUGCACUUCUUACCAUAGCAAUCAAAGAGUCGUUUGACUUUGAAAAAGUUAAAGGCACCAUACAUUGCUGAUGAAGGGGACAAAGUACCAAGAAGAAAACUUAUCCAGAUGCUUGAAUGGAAUAAUCCAUAUUGUGAAUGGUAUACAUUUUUGAUCUUCAAUUGCUUAUACAAAGAAAAUAUUGUAGUAUUGGUUCCAAUUAUUCAAAUUGUUUACUACAGAGAUUAAAGCAGCACUAAAUAUUUUUUACCUUAAAUAACGUUUCCAAAAUCAUUUGAAUGGCACAUAAACUCUUAAUGGCACUUCUGCCUCACUCUGAGUGGGGUCGCAUCACUUGCAAGUAUGCUUGUAGCGGGAAAAUGCCUCUGCACA